AAUUUUGUCUUAAAUGAGAGACCCAAACGAACGAAUUUAGCAACUCUUAUUUCUCGGCUCACUCUCCGAUUUGAGCCCCCGACGACGCUCCCUCUUCUUCGUCGUCAUCGUCUCCGGCAAGUUGAUUAACAGAAAAUUCAGAUCUGAACUCCCCAGCCGAAGCUGCGAUCUUACUAACUCUUUCUUUUUUCUCCUAAUUGACUUUCUCCUUUGGAGCUUCCUCAGAGUUCUCAAUUAAUGGCGAAGUCCCGUCAGUAUUAUCCUUCUCAAGAUGAAUCAAUGUCUCCGACUUCUGUGAGAUCGAGGGAAUGGGAAGGUCCUUCUAGAUGGACUGAGUACUUGGGACCUGAAAUGGCUUCAUCAGUGUCUUCUAGGAGCUCUAAGCAGUUGAGUUCUUCUGAUGGACAUGUUCAGAGUUCUUCUGGUGGUUCCACUAAGGCUUUGAACAUACAAUGGGUUGUUCAAAUGAUUGAGGUUGCUGAAGGUCUCAUGGCUAAAAUGUAUAGACUCAAUCAAAUCUUGGAGUAUCCUGAUUCUGUUGGUCAUGUUUUCUCUGAUGCGUUUUGGAAAGCGGGUGUGUUCCCUAACCAUCCGCGGAUUUGCACUUUGCUCUCUAAAAAGUUCCCUGAGCAUUUCAGCAAAUUGCAACUCGAACGUAUUGACAAGUUUUCACUGGAUAGCUUGCACGAUGGUGCUGAACUUCACUUACAGAGCUUAGAGCCAUGGAUACAGCUGCUGCUCGACUUGAUGGCAUUUCGAGAACAGGCACUACGGCUUAUAUUGGACCUAAGCAGCACUGUAAUUACUUUGCUGCCUCAUCAGAACUCACUUAUACUGCAUGCGUUCAUGGAUCUCUUUUGUGCAUUUGUCCGAGUCAAUCUUUUCGCAGAGAAGAUUCCUAGGAAAAUGUUGCUGCAAGUGUACAACCUUCUGCAUGCGCUAUCAAGAAAUGAUCGAGACUGUGACUUUUAUCACCGCUUGGUGCAAUUCAUAGACUCUUAUGAUCCCCCAUUGAAAGGCUUACAAGAAGAUUUGAAUUUUGUCAGCCCAAGGAUUGGAGAGGUCCUGGAGGCUGUAGGACCCAGUAUUUUUCUAUCAGCAGAUACAAGGAAGUUAAGAAAUGAGGGAUUCUUAAGCCCAUAUCAUCCUAGAUUCCCAGAUAUACUUACAAAUUCUGCUCAUCCCAUGAGAGCGCAAGAUCUUGCAAAUGUUACGUCGUACCGAGAAUGGGUGCUUCUUGGAUAUCUCGUUUGCCCAGACGAGCUUCUUCGUGUUACUAGCAUUGAUAUCGCCCUGGUUGUGCUAAAGGAAAACUUAGUCGUGACUUUAUUUCGGGAUGAGUACAUCUUGUUGCACGAAGACUACCAGUUGUAUGUUUUACCCCGUGUGUUAGAAUCAAAGAAGAUGGCGAAGUCUGGUCGGACUAAACAAAAGGAAGCUGAUCUAGAAUAUAGUGUAGCAAAGCAAGUUGAGAAAAUGAUCAGUGAGGUGCAUGAGCAAGCACUGCAAUUAUGUGAUACCAUACACCGAGAAAGAAGAAUAUUGCUGAAGCAGGAAAUAGGUCGGAUGGUUUUAUUUUUCACUGAUCAACCAAGUUUGCUGGCGCCAAACAUUCAGAUGGUAUUCUCUGCAUUGGCUUUGGCCCAAUCUGAGGUUCUCUGGUAUUUUCAACAUGCUGGUAUUGCAUCUUCAAGAUCCAAGGCUGCUCGAGUGAUACCAGUUGACAUAGUAAGUUAA